AUGGGAGAGACGAACACGCCAGUAGAGAUGUCGGCAUUAUCAUCAGGAAAGAUGGAGAUGGAAAAGCAAGUGGAUGGAGCUGCUGCCUAUCUUGCUCAUAGCACAACUCAUCCUCCCAUGACGUUGGAAAUGGAAAGGAAAUUGUUGCGCAAAAUCGACUGCAUCCUGGUUCCCAUGCUUCUGCUCACCGCUACUCUCGGGGCAGUGGAUAAGGUUGCUCUCAGCACCGCAGCAAUCUACGGAUUGGAAAAGGAUCUUCACCUCGUUAGUCAACAAUACUCCUGGGCUGGAUCAAUCCUAUCUAUAGGUGCUAUCAUCGGGAUGUGCCCUUCCUCCUUCCUCGUACAGCGACUGCCAUCCGCAAAGUAUCUCUCUUCGUGCUCCCUAGGCUGGUCGUGCUUAGCUCUGCUGAUACCCGCAUCGAGAAACUGGAAUGGACUGAUGGCGCUGAGGUUUUUCAUGGGCUACCUUGAAGCAAUUAUUGUCCCUACAAUCAGCCUCAUAGUCGCCGGAUUCUAUAAAAAGACGGAACAACCUCCACGAAAUGCAAUCGUGUUCGCGGCUUUUAGCUCCGUGAUCAACGGCUUCUUAUCUUGGGCCGUAGGGCAUAUUCCCGAUUCUGCACCUCUUGCUAUCUGGCAAUAUUUGUAUCUGAUUGUCGGCUCUCUUUCCGCAGUGUGGUCCAUAACAGCGUUCGUGAUCCUACCGGAAUCCCCAAUGACUGCCUUCUUCUUCACCGAUAGGGAACGAUUCUAUGCAACCCAGCGUCUAGCGGAAAAUCAAACUGGCAUCAUAAAUAAAGAAUGGAAAAGGGAACAGGCUCUUGAAGCGGUUUUGGAUGUAAAAACGUGGAUCCUGUUUUCCUUCAACAUUGCUAUUAAUAUUCCUAAUGGAGGCCUGACUACAUUUAGUGGUAUCCUCAUCAACAAUCUUGGCUUCACUGCGGUUAAGACCUCCCUUCUGAACAUGCCGACUGGAGUAAUGUCCACUGUAUCUGCAUUUUUCUUCUCCUGGCUAGCUGCACGCUGGUCAAAUCGAAGGUGCCUCGUUACUAUGAUGGCAUGCUGUUUGCCCAUUGUCGGCUCGGCCUUGGUGUACUCUCUCCCACGAACAAAUGUAGCAGGGCAGAUAGUUGGAAUUUACCUCCUUUACACUUAUUUUGGACCGUACGUAGUCGGAAUCUCCAUGGCGCAAGCUAAUACAGCUGGACACACGAAAAAGACUGUGCAGUACUCUAUUCUAUAUAUUGGAUAUGCACUUGGAAAUCUCAUCGGACCCCAAACCUUCCGUGCUAGUCAAGCGCCCGCCUACACAGGCGGAUUCAUCGCUAUGUUGAUAUGCUACUGUGUAUGUGUCGGGCUGAUGGGGCUUUACUGGGUGUUGGUCUCGAAAUACAACCGGCGACUUGCCAACAUUGACCCGAAUUCACAAAUUACAAACGAAGAUUUAACAGAAGCUUUUGCCGAUCGAACAGACUUUCAGCAAGCGAAUUUUAGAUAUACUACAUGA